UAUCGGUGAGGACGUGCUUUUUUACCGUGUGCUCAGUCAGUCAGUCAACUCCUGCGUGUGUCGCGUGUGGUGUUGUAGUUCGGUAGCAACCCGCGUGUGUUGGCAGAUCAACCGGUGUGUGCCUUGUUGAAAGCAAAAAGGUGAGACGCGCUCGGGCGUGGAGUUUUCCUCUGGGAAUCGAUGUGCAAAAUUCAACAAGUGCUAUCUCGGAGCAGUGUAUGAUUUUCUACUACCACCAAGCAUGUGCUGGAUUUUACGAGUGAACAUAAACGGAAAGUGCACUGCAACCGAAGAGUUGACCUGCUGACCCUGGACCGCCAAUCGUCAGCUAAUUGAGAUCGAAGUAUUGAAUUGAACUUAAUUGACCGCAAUCGCAAACGAAGUGUUCGGAUUGUUUUUUUUUCUUGGCUUGACUUCAAUCGUAUCGUAGUGGAUAGUGUUCAGUGUCGAGAAAUGGCCGAAGAAAGUCUUCGAGUGCCCGAUACCAACAUCGACUUUCAUAUCGUGCAGUUGUUCGAACGGUUGGAGAACCUUCGGAGAGAACCGGGUGGCGCCAAAUUCUCCAAUGGCCUCCAGGGACGUAUCAACAUGCACAACGAACUUCGUAGUCUGGAAUUUUGGAGGUCGAUAACCGCCGAGUGCCUGGCAUCGUUCUUCUACGUGUUCAUCGUGUGCGGAGCAGCGGCCGGAGCCGGUGUUGGGGCCAGCGUUUCGUCGGUUCUGCUGGCAACGGCACUCUCGGCCGGAUUUGCCAUCACCGCACUUACGCAGUGCUUCCUGCAUGUUUCAGGGGCCCACAUCAACCCGGCCGUGACCAUUGCACUGGGGGUAACCCGCAUAAUAUCACCGCUGCGCGCCAUUCUCUACACGACAGCUCAAUGUGGCGGAUCGAUAGCUGGUGCUGCCCUGCUGUACGGCGUGACGGUCCCCGGCUAUCAGGGCAAUCUGCAGGCUGCCGUGUCCCACACCGCCUCCCUGGCCGCCUGGGAACGGUUCGGUGUCGAAUUCAUCCUGACCUUCGUCGUGGUGCUGUCCUACCUGAUCUCGACCAAUUCGUACAAAAAGUACUUCGGUUCGUCGGCGAUCGCCAUCGGUGCUGCCUACAGUGCCUGCAGUUUCGUUUCGAUGCCCUAUCUGAAUCCUGCCCGCUCUCUGGGACCAUCGUUCGUGUUGAAUAAAUGGGAUAACCACUGGGUCUACUGGGUCGGACCGUUGGCUGGUGGCGUGGUGUCCGGUUUGUUGCACGAGUUCAUCUUCAGUACCCGAAAAACGGUGAAAAAAUCCAAGGAUGAAGGCGAUUCCAGUAUCAACUCGGACGAGGACAUCAACUACGACAUGGACCUUGACAAACCGCAGCAAACGGGUAAAUAUCACACAUACCGCCCCCCAAGUGGUGCACUGGUUAGUCAACAACGGUACUGCCAAAGCAUUUAUACUGCCGAACCCACAUCGAAAACCGAUCGCGUGGAAUCGAUCUACGGAGGAACCAAAUCGAUGUACUGCAAAUCGCCACCGCUGACCCGUGCCAAUCUGAAUCGGUCCCAAUCGGUGUACACAAAGAGCAACACUGCCCUAAAUCGUGAUAUGGGUUUGCGACCAGGACCUCUGGUUCCCGCCCAGAGCCUGUAUCCACUGAGGGUUACUCAACCCCAGAGCUCUCACUUACAGAACCAAAAUGUCCAGAAUCAGCUCCAACAAAGAUCGGAAAGUAUCUACGGAAUCCGGAGCUCAAUGCGACAGCCGGGACCAAACGAUCGCCUUCCCCAGCAGAUGCCUUCACAUCCUCAAGCAGCAGCAGACCCUCAAGGCUUUCAACCCAUCUACGGAACUCGCAACAAUGCAAAUUGCUCAACCGAUGCUCUGAAAUUCGAUCGGGAUCCACGGGAAAACAGUCGCGAUGAUUCCAUGUCUUCCAAGUUUGCUCGUGGAGCCCGUCCGGAGUCGAUGUACGGCCAGCGGCGGGUCCAAUCCGCUCAGUCUGAUGAUAGUUCGUACGGUUCCUAUCACGGAUCGGGUCCUGCCAUCACUCCGCCAACCCGCAAUGCAAGCAAUAGUAGCAGUACCUAUAACGGAGGCCUAGUCCUGCCGAACUAUGGCCAUGGUGCCGCCGGAAUGAACCAAGUUCAGAUGGCGGAACGGAAAAUGUCUUCGUCUUCAUCGCAACAGCAGCAACAACAGCAGCAGCAGCAGCAGCAGCAACAGCACCAACAGCAACAUCAACAACAAUCCAUGAGAAACGUGACGAGUAUACAAAACACCAAUCUACCACCGCCCCCACCGCAGCUGCAGAACCAUCCGGGCUAUCAAAUGCAUCCGGUGCGACAAAACUAGGAGCCCACGUCCCAACAGAGUGCCAAAUGCCUGAAAUUCCUGUAAAUUGUGUGUUUUGUUGUUUUUUAGCUUAAAAGAUGUUUUAAACUAGUUAGAAUCUUCCCUUUCAAUGAACUCUAACAGUUCAAAGUUUAUUUAUUUUCCUAGGAUACUGAAAGCCCCAGACUUUUCUUCCAUCAGAACCACAUAAAAAAAAUUAAAAAGAAACCAUUAAUUGAUACCAGCGAAUGUUACGAUCAUUGACUCUAAGACUGAUGCCUACUUUUGUAUGUAGAUGAUUAGAUGAUAUUUAUGUAUACAAAUCCCAUGUUUUUUCGCUGUUGGUGUUCCUAACUCGUACAGAAUGUGACUACCUACAAAACGAACAUGAAUUUUAUUACAAAACUAUCGAAAAAUUGUAUCAUCGAACAUAUUUACUGAAAUAGUGUCUAUAAGUAUGAAAAUAAAACAACCCACAUUGAAAUCAUAAUCGAAUAUAUAGGCCACAUGACUAAAAACAAAUAAAACUGUACUCAAAAUUUCAACAUUUUUAACUCAUCGUGUUUUGGAUUACUAGUACAAAUGUAUAUACAACAAUACCAAUACAUAGCUGGAAUGUGAUUUUCAUUCUGAUGGUAAGCUAAUUAAUGCAAAUGUGUUCAACCUACUGAAUACGAUACUAAACAAAUAGCAUGUAAGCGUUCGAAUGAGUUCUCAGCACCAGUAGUCGUGAGGAUCCGUUGAGAGGAUAGAUUUGUUGUUUCUAAUAAUAUUGUAAAUAUUUAUCGAUAGAAUAGAGCAAUGAAACGAAUGAAUAAAGUAGUUACUACA